AUGUAUGCCAAGGGCAAAGGCUCUACGGUACCUUCGGACGCUCAGGCACGCGAGAAGUUGGCCCUCUAUGUCUACGAAUACUUACUGCAUGUUGGGGCACAGAAAGCGGCGCAAACUUUCCUUUCGGAAAUCCGAUGGGAGAAGAAUAUAACGCUUGGAGAACCCCCUGGGUUCCUCCACUCGUGGUGGUGUGUGUUUUGGGAUCUUUACUGCGCCGCGCCAGAACGGCGGGACACAUGUGAGCACUCUUCAGAAGCGAAGGCAUUUCACGAUUAUGGUUUUGUCAAUUCUGGAUAUGGUGUUAACGGAAUCGGUCACAAUGCAGGCCCAGCGCCGCCGAACGAUGGUAUGGGUGGAGGUGGAAUGCCACCCGGUUUCUUCCCUAACUCCUCACUCCGGCCGUCACCACCAGCCCCACAUCCAGGCUCUCAGCCAUCACCCCACGGGCCACAGCCGCAGCUGAUGGGCUCCGGACAACCGUUUAUUGGACCAUGGUAUUCAGGAGGACCACGAUCAGCUGUACGAAUGGGAAUGGGCAAUGACUUUAAUGGACCACCAGGACAAGGUAUGAUGGGCAAUUCGUUGGAAAGGGGUGGUGCGGGAGGUGCUGGAAUGCUCGGCGGGCCUCGUAUGACACCUCCGCGACCUGGCAUGGGGCCGAUGAGCCCCGGGGCCUACGCUGCGGGUAUGAGAGGCCCACCGCCUCAGGGAGCGGGCAUGCCUCCAAUGGGAAUGGGGCCGAGGGGCGCAUGGGCGGGCGGCAGUGGAUCAGCCGGGGGCUCAGCCCCCCUUAAUUACAGCGGUGGCUCGCCGGGGGCGUACGGGGCGCCGCCGGGGUCAAAUGGACCCCCGGGGCCCCCGACACCUAUAAUGCCAAGCCCACAGGAUUCAUCGAACUCAGGAUUAGGUGGUGUUGAUGGUAUGAAGUCGUCUCCGGGUGGCGUCGGUGGAGGAGGGCCGGGAACGCCCCGCGAGGACUCGGCCUCGGGAAUGGGGGAUUACAACUUAAGUUUCGGUGGGCCCGGCGGGGAUCAAAGUGACCAGACGGAAUCGGCCGCCAUUUUGAAAAUUAAAGAGAGCAUGCAAGAGGAGGCGAAGCGAUUCGAAAAGGACCCAGAUCACCCAGACUACUUUAUGCAGUGA